UUUUAACUCUUUUGUCACUUGCUUGGCUGACCGCAGCAAAAGAUGGCAACUUCUGCAUUACCAACAUUAGAGAGUAUCCCAGAGGACAGACCUGUCCCUCCAGCUAGUCCUACUCCUCCUCAACCUAAAAAUGAAAACAAAUGGGACACAAUUAGGAGAGUUGUGAAGAGUCAAGCUCUUCAGUUUGUUGGUUUAGAGCACCCCCAGUCAACGCAAGAGCAUCAGGAACAUGUACAGAGGAGUAUAGUGGUGGCUAAGAUGGAGCAGAGAGUGAAGAGACUAAAGAGUACUGAGGCACAACUGGAUUGUGAUAAGUCACUUGUUGAAGCUAUUGUUCCUCAUGAAACUGUCGCACCAGUCACGACACAUUCCUUACUGCGACAGUUAAGCGUUAAACCAGACCAACACCAGACCGCCGCUGAAGGUCCUGCUCUACCAACUCCACCACCUCCUCCUUCAGCUGGUGGUCAUGAAUCAAUACCAAUGAGAGCCAUUGAUCCUUCUUAUAGAUACCAAACUAGUGAGCCUGUCCCUGACUCAAGUACAGCAACGGGAAGUUCUCGUAUUGAGCGUAGCCUGAGUGCUCCGACUAGGUCAACUAUGGGAGUGUCGUUGGCCACUGGUGCCUCAUCCACGCUCCAGAGAAGAGCUUAUCUCUCCCGUCCAACUGGUAGACUGGAGGCGGAGCCUGAGGAACUCCAGAUUAUUGAGCCUAAACCAGAUCUAUGGAAGAUUGCUAAAAUUGCUCUGAUGAGUUUGUCGUACUUAUCAACACAAAAGAAGGAGCCAGAAGAAGGAGAGCCAAGUCAGGCAACUGCUGCAGAGAGACAGUGGACCCAUCAGGAGUCAUUUCUUAAUGUUGAAGAAGUGGACAGUGGUGAAAUGAGUGAUAUUGAUGGAGGAGGAAUAGCAUUGAAGAAGAUACAAUAUGAGAAGGAAGAUAGCACCAAGAGCCCUGAUUUUGUUUUGUUUGAGGAUGAUAAUCUCUUUGGCAGGGAAAUGACAGAUGGUCAAAUUGCCAGGCGCAAGUUUGAAGUGCCAGAUGAACCCCCACCACAAUAUGAUACAUUAGACCACAUACCUAAAGAAGUCAAACCGAGACGUAAGAAGCUCUUGCGUCAAAGUGAGAGGAAAGCCAAACACUACCGAGGUCCACUGAGAGGAGUCACACUGAGACUACUUAACUUUAACUAUAAGAACGUGAAGUCAGACACUCGCCAGAGAUUAGCUGAAAUGGAGCAGCCCUCACUUCAUCGUCCUUUCUUUGCCUACUGGCUAAUGACAGUCCAUAUACUCAUUCUUGUAUUCAGUCUGUCAGUCUAUGGAUUUGCUCCUUACGGUUUCGAUCUAAAGACGGAGAGGGCUCUUGUCCAGCAGAGCAAUCUUGCUGUUGCUGUUGAAGAGAAGAACAUUUCAACUAAUGUCUGGGGUGGACCCCCUCAGAGUGCUCUAGUAUUGCUUGGGGCUACAUACGGCCCAUGCAUGAGAUAUGACAGACAAUUGGCAAGAGGGUUGGAUAUUGAUAGGUGGAGGGAGGCUAAUAGCUCCGGCUGUUGUGUAAGGCUAGAUAACUCCGGCUGUGUUCAGGUCACAUCUCGUGAGCAGUGUCCGGAGUUAUUUUCUGACUUUGUUUACAUUGACCAAGAGUUGAAUGACUCCACUGUGUUUACUGACAGGGCCGUGUGUGGUACUUCACCAUUGAGUUGUUUGAAUCCUAAUCCUUCACAUGAUACAAGAUGGAUGUCGGAAAAUAUCACAGAGUGGCCGAUUUGUCAAGAGUCUCAAACUCGUCCUUCGGAGCACCUCUCCUGCAACUUGACUGGGCGCCCGUGUUGUGUCGGGAUUCAAGCUCACUGUCUCAUCACUACUCUUGAACACUGCGACUUCUUAGAUGGGAGGUUUCAUGCUGAUGCUUUUUUAUGUUCACAAGUUGACUGCCUAAGUGAUUUGUGUGGUCUCCUGCCAUUUGUUUAUCCUAAAGUGCCUGACCAGUUCUAUCGAUUGCUUACUUCUCUCUUCCUUCAUGCUGGGAUCAUUCAUCUUGUCUUCACUCUUACCUUUCACUUCUUUGUCCUCCGUCACGUUGAGAAGUAUCUCGGCUGGCUGAGAACGUCUUUGAUAUAUCUAGGGAGUGGCCUAGGAGGGAAUAUUGUCAGUGCUGUAUUCGUCCCCUACAACCCUGAGGUUGGUCCAGCUGGAGGAAUUUUCGGUAUAAUCUCAUUCUUUCUUAUAUACAUUAUGUAUCAGGCACACCGUCUUACUAAACCUUGGAAAGAAGCCCUCAAACUACUAAUCAUCAUUAUCAUUCUCCUCUGCUGCGGUCUCUUUCCUUUUAUUGAUAAUUUUGCUCAUUUCGGAGGAUUUCUAUUUGGCACGCUAUGGAGUGGAAUACUAGUCCCAUAUUACCAGCCUCUUGAUGCUGAGUUAGCAUAUUAUAGAGACAAACACAAGAGGGAAUACAAUCCAUGGAAGGAUUGGAUACAAGUGUCCAAGAUUUUAUUUAUAUUUAUUGGCACACCAGUACUAAUCUUGCUUUAUUUGUUGUUCUUCCUCAUCUUUUAUGUGGAGCAGGACACAUGGGAUGGGUUUAGGUUCUUAAAUUGCAUUCCGUUUACGCGCACUUUCUGUCUUAACUUUGGACAGAACAUACGGUCUCGUGACAUAUUUAUUUAAAUCUUUGUGGACUUUUUGAUUUACUUUUUAGUAUCAGCUUAUUAAUCAAUCUGUCAUAGUAUCAGUUAUGUCAUUUUAUUAUCAGUAUUGUCUAUUGUGCUCUCAGUUAUUCUUUAUUCUUAUCAAAA